UCGAAUAUAACAACAUGUCGCUCGAGAACAUAUAUAAAUCGUAUUGCGGGGCGAGAAGACUUCUGGAUUUGUCACAAUUUGGAAAGAUUUGCAGAGACUUGGUUGUUCUUGAUAAGAAAGUUACUGAGGCUGAUGUAGACAUCGCUUAUGAGAGAAACAGGGACAAAGCUGAGCGUGGACUCACGUACGAACAAUUCGUAGAUGCAUUGAAAUAUCUGGCAAGGCUAAAAUUCCGUGACCUUGAUACUCGUGAACAGAUGAAAGCCAUGGAAAAACAAAUCAUUGAGCGCAGUGCAAAAUCUAUGGAGGCUUCAACCGACAGAGUAUCGGACACCUCAAAAUAUACAACCGCGGAUCCAGUUGAUGAGAGCGGGGAGGGAGCAGGUAUGGAUGGCCGUCUCAGUUACGAUCAAAAAGAGGGCUACGUGGGAUCUUACGUUCCUUGAAAAUGACCGAUUGAAAGUUACUACCUCAGUAUAUUCAUUGCAAAUCUCUAUUUACGUUUAAUUAUUUAGUAAUAUUAUAAUGUAGAUCAAAUUUUGGGGGGAAACGGCAUUUUUUAUCAACAGGAUCUUGAACCAGGGUGGUCGGAGCCUUUUCUUUUUUGCAAACGGCGCAUCGAGUGUGACGUCACAACGAUUAUUCCCAUUCGCCCUGAUAGCGUCAAAUUUAACCGUGGCCAUAACUGUUGAACCGGAGAAACAUUGAAAUUAAUCAGUGAUUCAAAGUUUCAAAAUAUUCAAUAAAUCUGAAUUUUGUAUGUAGAAAGAAAUUUCUUAGUUAUCUCUAUGUGGAGGGGGAAGGUGGCGUUAAGAUGGCCGUUAAAUAAGAUGAACAGGAAAGUUGAUAAGAGGCUUAUCAUAUGACAAGUUCAUGUCGGGGAUGGGAUCAGUUAGCCAGUUAUUUGUUUCGUACGCAUGGACUUGAUUGUGGAGAAAGUAGUAACUGAACCACAUUACGACAGUGAGAAGUCCAGCAAUCCCCUCGCACAUAAUUAACCCCACAAGAUUCGAACUCACGAAGGGUAAUCAGAGGUGGUAUACGUAUUCCAACCGCUUAGCACAAUGAGCCAACUGUCGACCUAUAUUGGUCUUCGUACGAUGAAAAUAAUUAUCCACAUUAUAUCAACACACUAUACUGUGAUUUUUAUUGGAAAAUUAAAUCUAGUGUUGUGAUCACUACUAUAAAUAUAAAAGUGUAAAAAGUAAAUAAUCGGAAAAAAUAAAAAUUAAAUGGAGAAGAUCACAGAUUAGUUCCAAUUUUGAAUUUUAUGCCCGGGUGGUACAAACCCUGGCACGUGGGUCAGGUAAAAGAAUCACUUUUGGGUUUUCCCAGACUGCGAUCCGAAAGGCCUCUAUAUAAAUUAUUUGCAGCCUUUUGAUCUCGCAACCUUGGACCACCCAGUUCUAUGCUGUGCUGAAAAUUUUCAGUUCAUGCCGGUUUCGGGUAAAGCCAACUUUCCCAACACAGAAGUAAUUUUGCAGUUUUUCAGAAGUAAUUUUGCUUUUGUAUUCGCUGUAGUAUUACCAGAAUUCUUGAGUUGAUUAUACUAAUUGCUAUAUUACUUAUUCAAAAUUGCAUGAAAAACAUCGCUCCGGAAGUAUUCCUAUCAAGAUGACGCACAACCUGAACAACCCUGAUCCGGUACACAUACUAUGUUCAGGUUGUGCGCCAUCUUGGUACGAAUACUUAGGGAGCACCUAAAAAACUACUUAAAUUUUGCAAAAAUAGGAAUGCAAAUAUAACAAUAGCUAAGAAGCCCAUUAAAGAUUGAAUAAAGUAGCUGUUAUACUAAGGAAAGGAAGAACAAAGGGUUGCAAAUCAGGCAGAGGGUGGAAUUUAACAAAACGGUUGGGAACCACUAGUGAAGCUUAUCAAAAAAACGACCAAAAUUCAUUCCAAGAUCUGUGGCAGAAAUCCGCAAUCAUCUCUGAUCUGUAUGAAAUUCGAACCUGAGAAUUUGAACUGGGUGACCAAGUAGUAAUUGUAACAAUCUUAUAGAGGCAUUCUCUGGACCUUUUCCUGUUAUAUCAAAUUAACAGACAUCUCAAAUAGAACACGGUAACCUAUUUAUUCUUUCUGUUUCGGAGUCAGAUUAAUAUCUAGCUAGUUUGAUUAGUAGUUAGAAGUUAAGACGCUUCAUAAUAUCAUAUUUUACGGACAAUAAAACGCACAGUCAAUAAAUUGCUUAGACUGGGUUUUGUUUUAUACAUGAGGUGCAUAAAGCACUAACUGAUUCAUACAUCAGGCGCAAGAUCAAUUUUUAAGAAGAGAAAAAAAAUUUUAGUGCGCCUCAUGGUUCA